CGCCGCCGCCGCCGCCGCCAGCCCGCCCGCCCGCCGGACAAAGCCCGAGAGCCCGCGCCCAGAGCCAUGUCCUCGUCCGCCGGCAGCGGCCACCAGCCCAGCCAGAGCCGCGCCAUCCCCACGCGCACCGUGCCCAUCAGCGACGCCGCGCAGCUACCUCAUGACUAUUGCACCACGCCCGGGGGGACGCUCUUCUCCACCACGCCGGGAGGAACCCGAAUCAUUUAUGAUCGGAAAUUUCUGUUGGAUCGUCGCAAUUCUCCCAUGGCUCAGACCCCGCCCUGCCAUCUGCCCAAUAUCCCAGGGGUCACCAGCCCUGGCACCUUAAUCGAAGACUCCAAAGUAGAAGUAAACAAUUUGAACAACUUGAACAAUCAUGACAGGAAGCACGCAGUUGGGGAUGAUGCUCAGUUUGAGAUGGACAUCUGACUGCCCUGCAGGAUCGCAGAAAAGCAGCAGCGCCAAGGCUGUGUGCACCGGAUUGGGCCCAUAGGAUCAACAUGAACAGACAAGGGGCAGUGCCAGCAGUCCCAAUGCAGCCCCCAUGUCUCCCUCUUCUUCCUUCCCUCUGGGUGCCAAAUGAUGCGAAGAUGAACUUCAUCUGACCAUUUCCUCUCUGUUUCCUGUCCCCCUUCCCAGUCACACAGAUUCGAUCCCAAGUCCUUGACAUAUUUUUGUAGACAUAAGCAGCCCACAGAGGGAAACAGUUACAACUCUGGCUUCCGUAGUCACUUUACAUUUGGGAAAAAAACCUGUCCUCCCCGCUCCCACCCCUCAUUUUUUUUUCAAAUCCCCAAUCGAAUAUCAGCCUGUCAACAAUCGCCUGGCUGGGAAGUCUGGGGAAGCAAUAUUGAAGUUUUGGUGGGUUCAGCAUUAUCUGUGUUCUGACCCUCUACCUGCCUUCCCCAUCCUUGCCCCCCACCUGUGGUUCAGAGCUGCAAGAGUCUGCGUGUUUGGGGUCUUCACAACCAUCAGAGGGAAAUGAUAAAUGAAAAGAGAGCCACUCUCCCUCUUACCUUGAGCUGUUUGUCCCUAGGGGCAGAACACAGUUUAUAAAGCUCUGGUAGCAUGUGACGCUCUUGUGAGGUCCCCUUCCCCCUCUUCCUCCGGCAGGAGUGUCUCCUGUCUUUGAUCUUCUGGUUCAGCUUCCCAGUCCUUCACUUAGCACAUCUGAGUGGGAAGGUCUGAGCCCUACCCCAGUGGGGAGGCCUCGGUAAGCAGCGGGGCUCUCCUCUUCUCCUUCCUCCCUGCUGGUGUCCUGUUGCUCGCCUGUGCCCUUGUAUCUGAGCCACCAGGGUGAUUCUGCUGCUCCCAGAACAGGCCAAGUGACAGGUGCUUUGGGGGAGGCCUGGUCAUAAUCUGCCAGUGACACUGGAGAGUGACCGUGGGAGUAUGCGGAACCAGGUACUCAGUCUCAGUAGUCCUUGCCUUCUAGUCUCCUGAGCUUUGCCAUGCUUGCUGUCUUCCUGCAGUUUCUUAUAUUUGGAAUUUAAAAAGGUGACUUUCAGAAUGCUCUUAAGAAAGAACAAAACUUUUCCUUUGUGGACCUGCUCAGGCUGCUGGGAUAGAUAGGCACGGGCUUGCAAGUGGGUUCCUCCCAGUUCUCUUGCCUUUCCCCCAUCGGACUUGGGGUUGUCCCUCUUCCUCCCUCUCCCUCCCUCCCUCCCUCCCUCCCUCCCUCCCUCCUCUCUCUCUCUCUCUCUCUCUCUCUGCCAGGCCAUUUUUCAAGUACACAUCAAAGAUACCUCAAGUGUUGGUAUCUGAUAAUAUCUCACUCCUCUUAUCUGAGGAGUGAUCUUUUAUUUUUAAGAUGACUACAGACCUAUUUUUCGAUAUGUUUUCAAUACGAUUUUGAACAGCAACUUUUUGAUUACACAUCUUCCAGUGUUAGGGAGGUGAGAAACGUCCACAGGCGAGUCUGCUGUUCCAUGUCACCAUCCUUUGUCUCCGCCAGUCCCUGAUGAGCUCUUUGCUUCUCCCUCUCGUUUGGGGUGUGCAUGUUUGCAAUUUGUAGUGGGUGGUUUGUAAAACUGGACCAUUAUGCCUUGCCGUGGGUUGUUCACGAGAAGCCUCGUUCUUCACCCCCCCUCGCUUUUUCAUGUCCCCCGUACCCCCCCGCCACGCCCUCCCAGCUGUUGACUGGCACGAUAAUCCCGGGACAGUGACCCCCUCGUAGAAAGACUAACACCUCUGUCUCCUAGACCAGUAAAGUAGCCUCUGGUGUCCUGGGAAUUUCUGGUUGCAUUUGGUGCCCUGAACCCUCUCAUUAAGAGAUCACAUCCCAGGGUGAGAGGAACAGGCCAAUUGGCUUAAGAAAGAGAGCUGUUAGUUUUUCUUUUGAACUCUGAAAAGACCCUGUUUAUGAACACAUUUUAGAAGAGAGGAAGGCUGUCUGAGGAACUUUGUUCUGUUUUCUACUACAAAAUGUGAAUAGUUCAGAGAGUGAACCUUUUGUGAUGGUUGAUGUUUCUCAGGAAUAAGCUGGCUCUCCAAAAUUUGGGGGAUGCUUUCAGACUAAAAAAAUUAAUCAGAGAAGCAUUUUCUUGUCUUUUUGUAAUGUAUCCUUGUUCUGAUUUUAAUUAAACUCCGAAUUUCGCUUUCCCUACUCUUGGAAAAACUUGAGUUGCACUGUCAUUUGCAUGAGAAACUUAAUCAGCACCCCUCUGUCCCCUGGAAGCUUGAUUCUUUGGGAAUGAAGCUUCUUGUCCUUCAUAGCUGGCUUUGGCAUCCUGUGGAACCCAGCUCCAACUCCAGCAGGUCGAGCAGUGAGCAGAGGUUUGCCCCUUCUUGAUCUUCAUCGGUACACAUGAAAACUUGGCCUCCUCGCUGAGCAGCGGGGGAGUGGAUUUAAAACAUGCCAGCUUGAGUAAUAUUGAGGUGCCCUUUUCCCCCUUUUCUGCCAUCUUGGGGAAUCUCUCCACAUAGCUCCCUAAUCGGAGGCCGUUUUUCUAGUAUUUGUGGCGAGCGAGCGUCAGCUGCAUGAUAGAGCAGCGGCCUGAUCCUUCAGCCUUUGCUGCAAGGACCUACUGACUGGUUGGUACUCUUCUGUCCUGGAGGCCACUGCUGAGAGAUACUGUGACCUGCAUGAAUCUGCAUUUUAAAGAUGGUUUGAGAAGGCAACAGAUUAACUUGUAAUGGAUGACACCUUUGUGCCAUGCAUCACAAAAUGUUUUUUUUUCUUAGGGCGAGCCACAUCCAGAAGAAAGUGAUCUGUCCUGGCCUUCUCAUGGGGAGGGAGAACCCUUAGGGGACAAUUAGCAUGAAAUGGUUCAUAAAAUCUCAGUGAUCAUUUGCUCUUUUGAUGAGGAAACCAUGUUUCUGUACCUUUGAGGACAAUCCAUCUUAAUGAGAAAUGACCUUGUCCCUCCAAAUUCCAGCAAGAGACAUGCAAUUGUCUUGGUACAAGUAAGUGUCUGUGCUACACUAUGGUUUGCUGAGAUCACCACUUCUUUGUAUUGUUUAGCUAAAUGUCCUCAAGAUCAUACUGCCGAGCAGCUGGCUUUUUGGUGCUGGGCUGUGAAGCCCAGAGUUUUAUUCUUCCACCUGUAUUGGUUCUCUAUUGCUGUGUAGCAGAUUACCCCCAAACUUUAAAUCUUAAAAGAGCAAACCUCUGUCAGCUUCUGGAGGUUAGGAAUUGGGAAACAGCUUAGCAGGAUGGUUCUGGCACAGGGUUGCAGGAAGUUGUAGUCAAGAUGUUGGCAGGGACUGCAGUCAUCUGGGGCUGGAGAAUCUACUGUGCUCUCAUUUUUGUGGCUGUUGGCAGGAUGCCUGGGUUCUGUCCAUAUGGGUCGCUCUGUAGAGCAGCACACGUGUCCUCACACCAUAGCAGCUGGCUCCCCCCUGAGCAGGUGAUCCCAGGGAGAGGGCAAGAAGGAAUCUGCAGUGCCUUUCAUUGCUGUCUGAUAGCACACAUCAUCACCUCUUGUGUUCCUUAGAAGCAAGCUAUGAAGCCUGGCCAACACACAAGGGGAGGGGAAGAUACACACCACCUAUGAAUGGAACAGUAUCAAAGAAUUUGAGGAUGUAUCUUAAAAUCACCUCACCCCCCCCCCCCAACAGAGGAUAAAGUCCGCCCAACAGGGGUUAGCUUAAACUAGAUAACACAAAGCGAUAUGUUGCUACUGUAUCUCCAAACUGGAUAGAAGACUGAUACUCUUUCCCCAAAGCCACCUGCUAGUUUUGAGAGUGGUGACAAGAAAUGACAAUUCCCAAGAGAAUAAAAAGAGCUAUACAUUUGCCUGGCUAGCAGCGGUGCAAGGAUUCUUCAUUGGGAGUCCUAGGCUUGAUGUCUCUGAGACUCCUCCGUACCACAUCUUUGCAUCUCCCUUAGCCAGGAACUGAUAAAGGGAAUUCGAUCCUUCUUACCGAGCCACUAAAACGGACUUAAAUUGCAGUCAGAGUUGCUAAACUAAAGGAAGAAAUGUGAAUGAGAUGUUGGGGUCCUGGGCUGAGUAAAAGCUUCACAGUUCAGAUUCAGGAUGAAGUAGGUGAUAGCAUCAGCAUCUGGAAGCCAGGUCCCUAUCAGAGUCGAUGUUAGGACUUGGGCCCUGCAGCCACACCAGCUGAGACAGAUUUGGAUCGGGUCUCCCCCAAGAAGCCACUUCUCCGAUGUGGUGGGGAACAUCUGGGAUUUAGAAAGGUCCGUGCUUGAUUGCUCCUUUAAACCCACCGUGUAUCUUGACUGCCCACCUCGUCUUGGGCUCUCUGGUGGAAAUGUGUUCUUAAAGAGAAAGAAGCGGUCCUGGCUUCACCCUUGAGAGAAACAGGUGAGCCUAGUCCGUCGAACACAUACUUAGUGAAAGUCUGCUGGGUGUCUGGCGCCCAGGCCCAACCACGUUUUAGAGACUUGAGACAUCUACGAGAUGCACAUUCCUGUCUGGCUUUAAGCUCUGCCUCUUCCUGGCAUCUUCUUUCUGGCCCUGCUUGGAGCAUGAACUUGACUAGGAAGCAUUGCUGCCGAGGCAGCCCUAAGAACAGGGGUACUUUCUCCACAAGUCAGGAGCCCAUCUUCACAGCACUUUCACCUGCAUUGUGUUUUUCCUUCUGAUUUUGGGAUGGAGUCAAAAUAGAUGGUCUUUCAUUUUCUUUUGAGUGGGUUACCAGCUCUUUGGGACCAUCCGACCUUUCCUUUUGGUACAUCUACACGCGGCCUGUAUGUGUGGGUUUCACCCCAGAACCCAUUCUCCCCUUCUUGGGUAUUCCAUGGCAUGUCAAGCAUCAUGGGGCCCUGAGCCCUUUGCAUUCUCCUGCAGAGAGGCGGUCCGUUGCCUCUCCAUCUGGGUCAGAAUUUGCCCCCCUUGGCAGGUUUCUGGACUACAGGCAUAGCAGCUGUUUAUUAAUCUGCGAAACCCAAUCACUUGCCCACCCAUGACAUCUGGGACCCGGUAAUCAUUUGAAGAAGCAUGGUUUCUUUGGGAGGGCAGUUUCUGUCUGGACUUUGGAAGGGGUGUGGUUAACCCUCCCCACCCCCGCCCCAUUCCCGAGUCUUUACCUCUCAGCUCUUAAUAAAGGAUGAAAUCAGAUCUUGAGGCAACUGGGUCACAAUUCUUUUUGAAUUCUUAUGCCCCAGGGGCAUUUCCUGUUCUAGUAAGGAUUUUCCAGUUUAGCACUGAGUUUUCCUUGAGGCUAGCUCAGGAAUUUCUUAGGGAGACUCUUAAGGAGAUGGACACAAACUUCUUUUUUCAAAGAAUCAUUCAUGUCACCUUUCUCGCCCUCUGGAAUUUAAAUUUCUUUAUCUGGGCUGGUCCUAGAAGUGAAUACCUAGCCUAGCGGUGAAGCUAGAUUUAAGAGGUUUCUUGAGUCCCUGUUCAGAUGGUCUAUGGUUUUUCUUAGCUUACCUUCUGCUGACACCCCCCCCCCCGCCCCCAGCAGACCACGGGGUAUGGAUGGCCAGUGGGAAAUGUUGCCGAGGUGAAACGCAGUUCCUAGGGUAUUUAAAUUCUCACUCUGCCGCCUUUCUAAGAGUGGGGAGGCUGACAGAUGCUGCAAUGCUUGAUAAUCAUUUGGCCACGCUGAAAUUUCCAAAGGGAGCUCUUGCCGGUGCUUACUCCCUGAAUUCCUGGACACUUCUGACUUAGAGUUCCAUGAAUCUAGCACAGAAUAUUCAUUCUUGCCCCCAGUGUAUCCCUUCCUCUACAUCUUAACCUUUAAAAACAAAAAACCCAAGCCCAGGCCAAGGGUAGUUUUUACUUGAAACCAGGAGGGUGGGGGAGGAACACAAAAUGAGGACGGGUUGUACUCCUAAGCCAUCCUGCUCCUGGUGGCCAUGUCCAAAUCACUGAGUACUGUGAGCCAGUGCCUUUCCUUCCCCUGAAGAUAGAGCACCCCCCUACCUCCCCCACCCCCCACUUCCCACUUGGGCAUCCCAGGGGCAAGCCUCAUUGGAGGCAUCUUGGGGGAGCCCAGAGGACACUCGCAUAUCCAGGUGUCUACUUGAGCAUCUUUAAAAUAUUUUGUAUCUAAAACAAAUGCCCUUCCCCGUCUUAGUGGCACCAGCGGCCCAGCUCCAUCCACUCUGAAUGGAAAGUAGAGACUGCCAGUACUUUCCUUGGUCUUCCCUUUGUCCUUUGAUGUCAUUGUCCUCUGCCCCCCCUCCCCCCACCGCCUCCCCCUCCAUUUCACUGUCGUGGAUGGAUAGCAGAGGACACCAUGCGGGCUUGAGGCCGUCCUAUGUGAGUCCAUGAUCACUUCUGUUGGGGUUUUGUUGUUUUUGUAACUGUCCUAAACCAGCAGGUGUUUGGAAAUUAGGGGGAAAAUUAAAUUCUCACCAAUGGUUGCUGUUACAGUCAAAUCAAUAAAGAUCUUGAGUAUCAACUUGA